AUGGAUAAUAGGAAUCACCAUUACUGGAACGCUAAUCUUGAUAAUAAUGAUAAUGUUGAUGUUGAUGUUAAUGUUAAUGAUAAUGUUGAGGUUGAGGUUGAUGUUGAUGUUGAUGUUGAUGUUAAUGUUAAUGUUAAUGUUAAUGCUAGUGAUAACGUUGAUGUUAAUGAUAAUCAUAAUGUUGUUGUUGAUGAUAAUGUUGAUUUUCACACUUUUGAUAUAUUUGAUCCAAGAAAUUGGGAUGCUCUUGAAUCUAAUAUGAUAAAUAUUUUAGUGUUGAAAGAAAAAUUACUUUCAUUAGAUGAUAUAACCUUAAAGUCUUGUUGUAUGUCUCUUGAAACAUCACUCAAGAAAGAUGAACAAUCGAAUAUUGAUGGAAAUGACUUAUAUGUUGAAUUAAAAUUACUUUUACAUCUCUUGCCUAAGGAAAAACUUACAACAAUUGAUAUUCUAAAUUUUUUAAAACGUGUUGAUUGUUUUCCUAUUACAUCUAUUGCAUAUAGAAUUAUGUUGACUAUUCCUGUUACUGUUGCAUAUGCAGAACGAAGUUUUUCACAAUUGAAGAUUUUGAAGUCCUACUUAAGAUCUACAAUGACUCAAGAACGAUUUAAUGGAUUGGUUUUGAUGACGAUUAAGCGUAACAUGUUGGAUUAA